AUGGUAUUCACCCAGCCCAAAGAAGAUGUGUGGGAUUAUGAGUCCCGUUUGGAGACAACUUGUUACACCCCUACGGGUCAUUUCGAUCAGGCCAUCGGGCUCUCGCAGGGGAUUUUGAAUGAGAAUCUCCAGAAAUUCUAUGAAAUCUAUCCGGAGACUCACAAGAUAGAUUUCAAGGAUCCGUAUGUGGGCAGCAUUGAUGCGGAAGUCGACGCUCCGCAGAUUGUGAUCCUUGGAGCGGACAAGGGCAACUUGAACAUCUCCAAUGUGAUUUACCUCCUCCGAUUCAAGUCUGGCUCGCUUUCAGACCCCCACGGUUACGUUUCUAUUCCAAACUUGGCGAAUUGGACCCUGGCCUUCGCGGUUCCAAUCGUCGCACAAAUUAUAGAUCCUCCAUCUGAGAACAAGGCGUCCUCUGGGCAAGCCAAUGAAAUUUCCGAGAAGAAGAAUCAAGCCGUCGAAGUCAAGAUCAGAGACCGAUUCGAGAUUCCAGAAGACUAUUCAAUUGAGCGCCUUUACAUCCACAUAUCUGGUAACUGGAACAACCUUUACGGCACACUAUCGGUGGCAGGUAAGGAUCGGAACAAUGUGGACAUCCCGUUUACCAACUGGAUGGCGGAAGAGUCAAACACAAUGACUGCGAUGCGGCUAGGUUUCUUCCUAAACAUUUGGGGACUCAAGCAGGACGAACUUGGGUUGAAUAAUGCUGGACUUUCAUUCAAACCUCGUAAGGUUGCAAGUACCGCGAGAUUCGUACCCAAGGAAGUUGUUCAUCAAACACAUCACUACAAAAGCUCAAAGAAUGGCUAUCCCAAGGGAGCGACGGGACUCCAGGGUGCUGGCGACCGGAAUUGCCUCAUGUACCUAGAAGUGGUGGAGGGUGGCAGUAAGAUGCCCACAGAGCAGCGUUUAACCUGGACAGGAAACUUCGCCACUAUGCCACGCAACCCCAGUGACCCUACCGAUAAAGGUGUUCAGGGAACAUAUGUUUUGACCAGAGAAAUCUUCCUGGAAAAAUUCAUCUUGCCAGAGUUCCGAGCGCUGAACCGAGCUAGCGACGUAGUUCACAUGACGCCACUCUUCAAAUUCAAUGACCAACAGGAAAGCACGAUCUCGUUGCGAUACAGUGUUGGCUAUGAUAAUCAAGUGCUGCGAGAUGAUGAUGGAACGUAUGACUUUAACCCUGUUAUACCAGACAAAAAUAACCCGUGGAAUACCACGGUAGAAUGGACCCCGGGGUCCACCGAGAUCACCUUGACCGGAACCACCCACAUGCAUGAAAAUGUGGUGUGGUCCAUGAAGGGAACCCAGGAUUUUAGUAAUCCGGAAUGCUCUUAUUUCUAUGAUGAAUACAUCAUUACCUGGUCCUUGAAGGUCGAAUUGGUGGUGGAAACCGUCCCGGCCAAAGAGGAUGGCGAAUGUGAAUAUAACUAUCUCCAUCUGAAGAUCGAUGCCGGGAAAAACGAGGACUGUGAUCCCAAGAUAACCCCCAAGCUGAACGAACACUAUAUGCAAAUGUACGGCCGAGACAAGCAAAUCGUGGGUUUUAUGAUAGCUCGCAUGCGGCAGCAGAUUCCCCGCAUCAUCAGCAACAUUCGAAAGAAGUUGGAGGUGGCCGGACGUUUCUCCUACCCUGGCAAUGGAGUCUUAAUGUUUAAGAAUCCAAAGAUUGGGAAAUACGGUAAUCUCAACGCAGAGGUCACGUUUCAAGAGUUGAAGAAGGGAGAAUUCAUCAGGAUCCCUACGGCGAAGAAAGUGGAAGGCCAAAAGCCUAUUAAAGAGAAAAUCAGUGACAUUGUUGCUGCGCCAGCUCAGCUGAAACUCUCUUGGAAUGCCAACCAUCUUUUAAGUGACAGCCUUCAAACCAUUCGGUUCCGAGGUGUGAAUGAGACGGAUCAACAUGUUCGCCUGGGAAUGGUCUCAUUUUUCUUCGUUUCAGGGAAGCGGGUUGGAUGCUUAGCCCACUCUCAUGACUUCCGCGUGAAGCUGCCCAGACCCCUUGAACCUGCUGAGCCCACUGAGCCCACUGAGCCCAUUGAACCUGCUGAGCCCACUGAACCUGCUGAGCCCACUGAGCCCACUGAGCCCAUUGAACCUGCUGAGCCCACUGAACCUGCUGAGCCCACUGAGCCCACUGAGCCCAUUGAACCUGCUGAGCCCACUGAACCUGCUGAGCCCACUGAGCCCAUUGAACCUGCUGAGCCCAUUGAACCUGCUGAGCCCAUUGAGCCUGCUGAGCCCACUGAGCCCGCUGAGUCCGCUGAGACAAAUUUAGAGGACGAAGAGGACGAAGAUGAAAAGGGAGCCAUUCAUGUGAAUACUUCUGACGAUCUUGCAAAAGUCAAGAUUUCUGUAGAAGCGGCAGUCGCACCACAGCCAGGUACCAAGGGCUGGCUUGUCAAGGCUAGCGACGCCACUGGAAAGUACAUAUCCCUCGCUCCCGGGGACUGGAUUGAAAUCUGCAUCCUCGGUGUUGUCGGUUCCGCAACGACCACCAGCCGAAGGUGUAACAUUGACGUUGAGGAGGAUUACUUCAGCGUGACACUUGGGGUAGUCGACGGACACCUGAAAAAACCGGUGGAAGUGACGAUUAUGAAGUAA